AUGGGGAGGGAGCAGGACAAGGAGUCAGACAAACUGGCUCUACUCAGUGAGGUGGACAGACACCGCAGGCAGAUGCUCAGAAAGGUGAUUAAAGAAGGCCUGGCCCAGACGUCCAGUGACAUCACAGAGAGCCUGAUGAGCAUCGACCAGAUGAUGUCACAGGAGGUGACGCAGAGCGAGGAAUCCAUAACCAUGCUGGCAACCUCGUCUCAGGCGGUCCUGGAGAUGAAUGAUGAGUUUAAGGCCAUGACCGGAACCAUCCAGCUGGGGAGAAAGCUCAUCACUAAGUACAACCGCAGGGAGCUCACUGACAAACUGCUCAUCUUCCUCGCUCUCGUACUCUUUCUCACCGCGGUCUUCUACAUCCGCAAGAAGAGAUUAUUUUUCCUCCAGACCAGACACAACUAACUUAAACUAAGUAACUUUUAGAGCAACUUUGAUAAGAGUAACUAUGAUCAUAUAAGCUAAUUUAUGACAUGAGUCGUGUGAGAUAAGUAUUGUAAGAUUAACAUACUGCUUAUUAAUGUAAAUCCAUAUCAACAUUUUAAAGACGUGCACACACACAGUAGUAAUGGCUUUGGGGAUAAGCCUAUUUUAAACAUUAGUUGUUCGUCAUGGAAGGAAUAUCAGCUUUUUGCAAUACUUAGAGGAAAGUUUGAUGGUUAAUGUAACCAAUUGUUAUGAUUAUCAUGUUUUUUUUUUUUUUUUUUUUUUUCCUUGGGGGUGGAUCAGCUUAAUAUUGUGGAAAGAAUGUUGCUUCCAAUGUAAUUGUCUGCAUCAUUUCCAAUCCCCCAUAUAUUUUUUGGUAAAUAUAUAUAUCCAUUCACGUAUGCAUACAUAUACACAUAUAUACAUACACAUACCUACAUGAUUAUCAUGUUAAUGUAUUAUUCCAUUGCAGGAAGUUAAAGCUGUUGCCCAGUUAUUUAUAUCCUGCUCUGAAAGAGAAAUAAAUGUGUUUUAGUAGUUGCCUUAUUCAAUGCAGAUUACAAUUUCGCUGGACCAUUAUUUGAAGUAUAGGGAUUCAUGUCAAUGUGUAACACAUUCUCUGUAAUGUAAUCAGUUUUUGAACAAAACGUUGACAUUAUUAAAUAGUGUAAAAAUAAAAAAAAUGACUCUCCAAGCAGCAGCCUGGACAUGUAGGAUGUACAUAUCACCCACACAAGUUUCAGUGACUCUGGUCUAGCAUGUGGUCGUCAGUAUUUCCUUACGGAGCUAGCUGGCUUGGCUUGGCUCAGCAGUGGUGAGGCCUGCUCUCAGUAGCUGGCAGCAGGGUGAACAGUACUGGGUACAGUGCUGACCAACCAGGGCAGAAAAGCUAGCAGCAGGGGGAACUGAGCAGCCCUGGCACCAGGGCAGAAACAAAUCUGAAAAGCUGUGGCAGUAAUCACAUAGUCACCGAUAAGGAACCAUGCAUCUCUGCCUUUCUUCAGAUAAGACCCAGAAAAGCAGAUUAUUCUGACCCGUUUCCCUCUCCUGCUCCCUUUCUUUCCACCGGGGGUGGAAGGUGGGGGGGUAUUUUUAGGUUUGCGUGGACCUGUUAUCUGACGUUGCCUUUUCAACACUUUGGAAGGGAUGUGUGUAGAGGGGGGCUGGUAGCUGCAUGACCUCUCUACCCUCUUUAUGGUGACGGUCUCACAUGUCAUUUGGGAAAUAUAAAUCUGUUUUCAUGUUGACGUUUCUAUUCAGUGUACCAAUAAAGGCCUCUGACUUUGUCAACCUGA